AUGUCCUCACCAAACCCCGGACCGAGCGGUGCUUCGCCGGCCAGUGCUCUGAAGAAAGCCUUUCCUCAGGUCGAUCUAGAUGGACACAAUCUACCUCCCUCGCCAGCUCCGUCGAGUCCCGUUGCUGGACGCCGAUAUGCUAUGGCUACUGAGUUGGUGUAUACAGAUAGCGGCGAUCAGUACAAUGCCAGCAGUGUGCCUAUCUAUCAGAGCGCCACAUUCAAACAAACAUCCGGCUCCGGCGGCGCAGAAUACGACUACACUCGCUCCGGUAAUCCGACACGCACACACCUGGAACGCCAUCUAGCAAAGAUCAUGUCCGCCCAAAGAGCGCUUGUUGUUUCAUCUGGAAUGGCUGCUCUAGACGUUAUCACGCGACUACUCCGACCGGGCGAUGAGGUCGUUACCGGCGACGAUUUGUAUGGUGGCAGCAAUCGGUUGUUGACCUAUCUCAAAACACACGGCGGUAUUGUCGUGCAUCAUGUUGAUACGACUACACCGGAAAAAGUGAAGGCUGUCCUUAACCCCAAGACAGCGAUGAUAUUGCUUGAAACGCCGACGAACCCUUUGAUCAAGGUGGUUGAUAUCCCCAAGAUUGCCGCUUUCGCCCACGAAGCCAACCCCAACUGUUUGGUUACGGUUGAUAACACCAUGAUGUCUCCUUUACUCCUUAACCCGCUUGAGUUGGGAGCAGAUAUUGUCUACGAGAGUGGCACCAAGUAUCUGUCCGGUCACCACGACCUUAUGGCCGGUGUCAUGGCCGUCAACGACUCUGCGCUCGGCGAUCGACUAUACUUCACUAUCAACGCCUCUGGCUGCGGUUUGUCGCCCUUCGACUCAUGGCUCUUGAUGCGCGGCGUGAAAACCCUCAAAGUCCGCAUGGAUCAACAACAGGCCAACGCCCAACGCAUCGCCGAGUUUUUGGAGGGUCACGGCUUCAAAGUCCGAUACCCCGGUCUCCGGUCCCACCCUCAGUACGAAUUGCAUCACUCCAUGGCCAGGGGUUCCGGCGCCGUCUUGUCUUUUGAGACAGGCGACGUCGAUCUUAGUGAGCGUAUCGUCGAAAGCGCAAAGCUGUGGGCUAUCAGUGUCAGUUUUGGCUGUGUGAAUAGUUUGAUUAGCAUGCCUUGCCGCAUGAGUCACGCCAGUAUCGAUGCGAAGACGCGCGCGGAGCGUGCUAUGCCGGAGGAUAUUAUUCGGUUGUGUGUGGGUAUCGAGGAUGCGGAUGAUUUGAUUGAUGAUUUGCGACGAGCUCUCGUCCAAGCCGGCGCUGUGAAUGUAUCACUAGAUGACUUCCAGGCAGUUCGCCCAGCGGCCAAUUAA